AUGGAGCUCCCAGAUCCAGCAAUAACACUCAGCACAGAGCUCCCAGAUCCAGUAAUAACACUCAGCACAGAGCUCCCAGAUCCAGUAAUAGCACUCAGCACAGAGCUCCCACAUACAGAAAUAACACUCAGCACAGAGCUCCCAGAUCCAGCAAUUACACUCAGCACAGAGCUCCCAGAUCCAGUAAUUACACUCAGCACAGAGCUCCCAGAUCCAGCAAUAACACUCAGCACAGAGCUCUCAGAUCCAGUAAUUACACUCAGCACAGAGCUCCCGGAUCCAGCAAUUACACUCAGCACAGAGCUCCCAGAUCCAGCAAUUACACUCAGCACAGAGCUCCCAGAUCCAGCAAUAGCACUCAGCACAGAGCUCCCAGAUCCAGCAAUUACACUCAGCACAGAGCUCCCAGAUCCAGCAAUUACACUCAGCACAGAGCUCCCAGAUCCAGUAAUGGCACUCAGCACAGAGCUCCCAGAUCCAGCAAUUACACUCAGCACAGAGCUCCCAGAUCCAGUAAUUACACUCAGCACAGAGCUCCCAGAUCCAGUAAUAACACUCAGGACAGAGCUCCCAGAUCCAGUAAUAGCACUCAGCACAGAGCUCCCAGAUCCAGUAAUUACACUCAGCACAGAGCUCCCAGAUCCAGCAAUUACACUCAGCACAGAGCUCCCAGAUCCAGCAACUACACUCAGCACAGAGCUCCCAGAUCCAGUAAUUACACUCAGCACAGAGCUCCCAGAUCCAGUAAUUACACUCAGCACAGAGCUCCCAGAUCCAGUAAUUACACUCAGCACAGAGCUCUCAGAUACAGUAAUUACACUCAGCACAGAGCUCCCAGAUACAGUAAUUACACUCAGCACAGAGCUCCCAGAUCAGUAA